UCCGGUUCCGAUUUAGCGCUGCUCAAAACGGCUGCGUCUGUAAACACGUAAAAUCACUUCAGAGAGAGUUUGCUCCGAGUCCUUGUCCGCUAAUAUGCAGAGACCACAUUUCCGACACCCAGCAAAUUCAGCUGGAACACCUCCGAGGCCAGGAGGAUUCAGGAGUCCGCAGCCAGGUUUCAUAGGUGGACAAGGUGGACACAUGGGUGGACAAGGUGGCAUGGGUUCUCCGCCAUGGGCGUUUGCAGGUGGCCCACCGUCGCCAUUUGGACCGCGAUUUGGACAAUAUUGUGGUUCUCCAAAUACUCCUCAGAGAGAUUUUAGAGGUAGUAAUGAUAGUUUUAACCGCAGUGGUGGUAGUGGUGGCAAAACAAGGCCAUAUGGCGCUUCUCCAGGCCAGCAUACACCGCGUAGACAGUAUGAGAACCAUCGCGGUUUUUCUCCCAGGCAACACUCGCCGUUUCAGUCGCCGAGUCCAAGGCACAGCGGAUAUCAGGGCUCACCUCGGAAUUCUACACCGUUCAGGUCACCACAUGGCAGGGAAAGGGUGGCAGAUAAUGUGGAAAAGUAUUACAGACCGUCAAUGCUACAAGACCCUUGGGCUAAACUUCAGCCAGUGUCCGUAUCAGAUGUGCAGCAAAAAUGCGGUACACCGAAAGUAACAGGCAGGCCAGGCAGAUACUACAACUAGAACUUUAUGGACUUCAAGCAUCGGUGAUAUGACCUGACCGAUUCUUUUUUUACAUUGGAUGACAACCAUGUGGCCUGAUGAUCGUGUUCUCUUUGUCAGAAUUGAGAUUGAGAACAUGCAGCGGCUUACAUGUUUGAUGCUUUGGACAUAACAGAGGACUUGAUGUCAAGAUUUCACCAGCGUCACGGGAAGUUGACUUGUUAUUACCCAGACCCAGCACUGCCUUCUGGUGUUUGAUUGAUACUAGGGAACUUUUGAUUUGACAGUGGUUCAGCCGUUGAUAGUUGGACUCGCAGGUUGUGUCUCGUAUGCAAGUCAAAUUUCAUUUCCCGUAUCUCAUGAGUUGUAGGCCUAUCUUUAAUUUUUAUUCACGGAUCUGUUUUUUUUGUUUUGUUUUACAUAGAUACAUUUUAUGCAUACAAGUAGAUGUAUGGAGUUGGAAUAUGGAUGAACCAACAAAUUGAGAAAAAUGUUGCAUUACCAGCAAGACCACUUUGUGUUGAACAAAGUUUUUUAUAGAUAAAUAUAUUUUUAAGUCCUUUAAUAUACGAUUCCAUAUGCAAUACAAUUGAUUCAACUCAGGACUUUCUAAUGUCAGGUCUUGAAAAUAUUUUCAAGCUCGGUUGUACUUGUGUAGUCACUGUUUAUUGUUAGUUUGUAUUAGUGAAAGGUCCUUCUGUUGGGUAUAUGAGGAAAGCAAAAUCCGAAAUGUCAUGUAUCUUGGCCUGAACUCGGGGAUUGUAUUGUGACACCAGUUUUUAAACUCCAUUGUACUUUAUGUAUAUAAAUACAUACAAUCCAGAUUCUUCUUUUUCAUACUGCAUUGGUGUAUGUAGGCUAGUUGUUACAUUGCCUUGACAUAAUAUCUGUCAUUAAGUGGCUUUUAAACAGGAACUGAACCGUGGAAAGGACUCUGAGGAGAUGGUAUUGCAAUUUAACUUCAGUUGGAGUAGGCUUUGUUCAUGUUUCGUGUAUGUAUAUUCAACUAUUUAUCAGGAAAAUUGAAUCUGGGAUUCUCACACUUUCAUAUUUAUUUGAAAACAUGAUUAACAAAAAGUAUGAAUGGUGUUUGGACUUGGAACCUGAUUUUUUUUGGCUCUUUGCUCUGAAUAAUUAAUCACCGAAACACAUCAACUGACAGAACAAUUCUCAUCACGAUUACACAACAACCGACGGUAAAGGGAGCACCAAAAAUAAUCUCGUCUUUACAUUAUAAAUACAGGUUCUUUUUUGUCUGUCUUUAGAUAGCAUUGCACAGUAUUUCAAAAACACAUUCAAAGACUUGUUUCUUUUUUUUUUUAUUACAACUUAAGUCCUUUUUAAUAUUUUUUUCUCUUAAUGUCAGUUUGCUCAAAGCACAGCGAUUAGAAUGUGGUCACCAGGAGCUUCAGCUAUGUAGUCGAUUGCAGCUU